CUAUAAUUACAAAUUAGAAAGGGGUGACCGGUGGCAGUUUCGAUAGAGUGGGUCGUAUAAAAGGGGGAACAUAGAAGAAAACAGAACGUUAUCAAAAACAAAAACCACUUUGGAUGGAACAAGGGAAGCAGGGAAUCAUGGUGGCGACUCAGAACCCCAUAGAGCAACUCCAAGCGCGCUUCAAGGAGUUGGAGGCUGGAUUCAAGCUCUGGCUCUCCAAGCAGUCCCUCCCCGUCGAGGCCGCCGUCGUCACCAGUACCAGCGCCGCCCAGGGCGCCGCCAUCGGAGCCUUCAUGGGCACCCUCACCGCCGACGCCUCCUCCACCUUCCCCACCCCUCCGCCUAACGCCUCCCUCAACCCUCAGGCCAUGGCCUCUCUUAAACAAGCUCAGGCUCUUGCUGGAGGUCCUUUCGUUCAGGCUCGGAACUUUGCUGUCAUGACGGGAGUGAAUGCUGGUAUUUCAUGUGUCUUGAAAAGGAUAAGGGGCAAGGAAGAUGUCCAGUCUAGCAUGGCGGCAGCUUUUGGUUCUGGGGCCAUGUUUUCAUUGGUAAGUGGCAUGGGUGGACCAAAUCAAGCAGCAAAUGCAGUCACUUCUGGACUUUUUUUUGCACUUGUUCAAGGUGGACUUUUCCAGAUAGGACAGAAGUUUUCUCAGCCACCUACUGAAGAUAUUCACUAUGCUAAAACUAGAAACAUGUUGCACAAUCUUGGUCUUCAGAGUUACGAAAAGAAUUUUAAGAAAGGCUUGUUAACGGACAACACUUUGCCUUUACUCAAUGACAGUGCUCUGAGAGAUGUGAGGAUUCCUCCUGGACCAAGGCUUUUGAUUCUCGACCACAUUCAGAGGGACCCGGAUUUGAAAGAGAAGCGAGGAAGCCGGAAUUGACUGAUAUGAAUAGUUUGGUGCCUUUGAAUGAACUUUGAAAGCUAUUGAAAAUGGAUAGUAGGAAGUUUGUGUUGCCAAGGAAUUUUGUCUUUUUUGAUUAUUAGAUUUCUGUUUCAUUGUUGUUGCUAUAUUUUAUAAAAUUUGGUUAUCUAGUCAGUUAUUUUAGCUGCCAUGAAACGUAAAUGGCUUGAAAGUAAAUUAUGGCGCAUGAAUAUGUUAACUUCAAAAUAAGAAAAGCUAUUCCUUCUUUGUGGAGGAAUUGUUUCAAUAGUUCAGCCAA